UUUUGUGAGGUAGCACGUAAAAGUUCAAUGCCACCCAAAAAGAAUGGAAAAAGGAGCGGAGAAAAAUCACUUAAAAAGGAAAGCAUGGAGUUUGAGGAGAUAGUCGCAGAGGAAAGUGACAAAUUAUUUUAUCGUGCUCAAAUACGCGAUUUGGAGGAGCGACUUGAAAGAUACCAGCAUAAAUGCGAUGAACUAGAGGUUCAAGAAAAGGACUUAUCCUCCAAGAUUGAUAAUGUGGAGAAAGAGAAGAAAGACAUAAUUAUUUACCUUAAACGCACAAUAGCUCAAAAAGAGGAUGACCUCACUGAGCUGGCAGAGGAAUUAUCAAGACACCAGCAAGCUCAAGAGGCUGAGAGGGAGUCCUUUGAGUUGCAGCUGAGUCUGCUUAGGCAUGAACUUCAAGAAAAUAAGGACAAAUUCACAUCUGAGAACAUGGCCCUUGCUGGUAAGGUGGCGUCUUUGGAAGAGUUUUCUAUGCAAAGAGAGAAGCUCAUGGCUGAAUGUAGGUCCUUCAAAGAGCAGCUUCAAAAGCAAAAAGAGGAACACCAGGCCGAAAUCUACAAUCUUGAGAAAAAAGCUGUACUAGACAAUGACAGGUUAAAGAAAGAAAUGCUGGAACAUGUUGCUUCUGUAGCAGCUGAAUUCCGCCGGGUGUCGGACCAGAAAAUGCCAGAGACAACAAUGCGAGCCAUGCAAGAGAAUCUUGCUGUAACAGCUCAACUGAAGCAGCUUAACGAAAAGACCAAAGAACUGCUGAAGGAGAAUGAUGCUCUCAGGGCAAGAGAAAAGCAACUCAAAAUAGAAAAUAGAAUUGCCGAGCCACUCCUGAAUGAGAUGACCAGGAAGAAUGUUUCAAAUCAAAAGGUGGUCCAUCAGUUGACAGAAAAAUGCAAGCAAAUGCAUUCUGAACUGGAUAAAUGUGCCAAACUUCAGCUAGAGCACCAAAAGCUGCAGGACAGUUACUCAACAGUAUGCAUGGAGCUUGAAGCUCUCAGACAGAAUCAUGCAAUUGAUACAGAUGUUCUUGAGCAAACAAAAACUGAAGUCAAGAGACAGAGAAAGGAACUUGAGGAGGAGAAGACACUGAGAGGACAGCUAAAGACAGUUCUUGAGGAAGCAGCUAUAGCUUUAAAGGAAGUUUUGAUGGAGGUUCCUAAAGAGGUGGACUCAGAGUUGGAGAUUAUUGUCCGACGAAACCAGAUGACGCAGAAGCUCUUGGCUGUGCUAGACAGUGCUGCAGCUUUAGGAAAAGGUCCUGCUCUCACUGAUUUCAUGCCAGAGAUGGCUUGCAAUCAUAAACCCAAAAUAGCCACAGACAUUAAAAGACCAAGUGAAUUCCCUUUGCAGAAAUCCACCUGUCAUCUGUCACACUUCAAAACCGGAGACCUAGGACUGGUCCCUUUCAAAACACAUCCCAACCCAUCUAAGAUGAGACAUCACUCCAGGGGUGCAUACAUAAAUCUAAACAAGUAGGAGUCAAUCAAUUGAACAAUGAUCAUCCUAUAAAUACUCAUAACUUGUCACAGGGUGGGUGAGGAAGGGUCUUAUUAGUAAAUAUUGUAAUGUUUAAAAUAAUUUCAAAUAUGUUGAAUACUGUUUGUUGAGUACAUUGCUUUCAUAUCUUGUCACUAGAUGGCAGCAUUAUAACAUUACACAAUAUUUAGCUAGCUAGCUAUAUAAGUGAUAGAAAGAUAUACACACUAGGAUUAUUUGUAUAUUACAUAAUAUAGGUAUUAUGUUUUUAUAAUUUUAUUACAGACUGUUAUUGUAUAAAUUGAUUGUGCUGUUAGAAAUUUGGUGAUGUGGGUGAUCCUAGAAUGAGAAUAAAGUAUCUGUU